AUGUUGGAGGUUCACAAGGAUCAGUGUGAAGCUGGAGGAAAGGACCUGCAAGAGGCAGGGACCAAGGAUGCGGAGAGGUCAGCAGCAGUAACUAAGCAGUGGUCUGUUCACGCUCAUGAUCUGGUGAGCACGGGGCCGCACUACCUCAAAUCUCCCCCUUCCAUCUUCAUUGCACUCUGUCAACAGAUGAAAAGAAUUGAGAUUAAGUAUAACUUCUUAUAUGAAAAAGAGCACAUCUGCUGCUUGGAAGAGUGGACCAGCCCUGGGCACCAGAAAAUCUAUACUACCUUCAUCCUUGUCAUCCUCUUCCUCCUGCCUCUUACGGUGAUGCUUAUCCCGUACAGUAAGAUCGCCUAUGAACUUUGGAUAAAGAAAAGAGUGGGGGAUGGCUCAGUGCUUCGAACUAUUCAUGGAAAAGAAAUGUCAAAAAUUGCCAGGAAGAAGAAGUGAGCUGUUGUUAUGAUGGUGACAGUGGUGGCUCUCUUUGCUGUGUGCUGGGCACCUUUCCACAUUGUUCACAUGAUGACUGAAUACAGCAAUUUUGAAAAGGAAUAUGAUGAGGUUACAAUCAAGAUGAUUUUUGCUGUAGUUCAAAUAAUUGGAUUUUCCAAUUCCAUCUGUAAUCCAAUUGUUUAUGCACUUAUGAAUGAAAACUUCAAAAAGAAUUUUUUAUCUGCAGUUUAUUAUUGCAUAGUAAAAGAAACCUUAUCCCCAGCACAAAGGCACGGAAAUUCAGGAAUUACGAUGCUGCAGAAGAAAGCAAAGUUUUCCCAGAAAGAGAACCCAGUAGAGGAGACCAAAGGAGAAGCAUUCAGCGAUGGCAACAUUGAAGUCAACUUGUGUGAACAACACGAGGAGAAAAAACAUCUCAAACAACAUCUUGCCCUUGAUUCUGAACUUUCUGAGAUUUCUGCUUUAGGCAGGGGGCAUUAA